CGUUCCGAGCGCUUCUCUACUCUCCGCGCUCCCAACAGUCACCCGAACCGCCUGAAACCUUUGGCCGUCGUGACUCCUACCCCCCCCUUCUUUUUUCUUUUAAUCGAUCCUUUCUCGGUUUUCGACGCCAUUAAUUGACAUGGAUGCCGCCUUCGCUCUCCUCCGCCACAGCCCCUUCUCCGCCGCCCUCCCAUCUCCUCCGCCGCCCGCUGCCGGCCGCAAAUCCGCCGCGCCCUUCUCUCUCCGGCGGCCUUUCCCCGCCGGCGAACAGGGUCUGCGGGCAAGAUCUCGAGUUGUGGCGUCGGUCGCGGUAUCUGGCGGAGAGGAGACCGCGGCAUCGGUCGCGCCUGUCUACAAGCCCACUCCUCCGGACAGAGAGCUUCGGACUCCUCACAGCGGAUACCACUUUGACGGGACUCCUCGUCCAUUUUUUGAAGGUUGGUACUUCAAGGUCUCGAUCCCUGAAUGUAAGCAAAGCUUCUGUUUCAUGUACUCUGUGGAGAAUCCUGCCUUUCUUAAUGGAAUGAGCAUGCUGGACAAGGCAUUGCAUGGGCCUCGAUUUACUGGGGUUGGAGCUCAAAUUCUGGGCGCGGAUGAUAAAUAUAUAUGCCAAUUCACAGAGACAUCUAAAAACUUUUGGGGAAGUAGGCAUGAGCUAACAUUGGGGAACACCUUUAUAGCUGGGAAAGAUUCAGCUCCUCCAGAUGGAGAGGUUCCUCCUCAGGAAUUUCGUAAACGUGUUGAAGAAGGAUUCCAAGUCAGCCCAAUUUGGCAUCAAGGUUUUAUACGUGAUGAUGGAAGGUCGAAGUAUGUUCAAACUGUAAAAACAGCAAGUUGGGAAUACAGCACUCGUCCAGUAUAUGGCUGGGGGGAUGUUAAGUCCAAGCAAAAAUCAACAGCAGGCUGGCUUGCAGCUUUUCCUGUAUUUGAACCUCAUUGGCAAGUAUGCAUGGCAGCGGGCUUGUCAACAGGUUGGAUAGAGUGGGAUGGUGAACGGUUUGAAUUUGAAAAUGCUCCAUCUUAUUCAGAAAAGAAUUGGGGUGGUGGUUUUCCAAGGAAAUGGUUUUGGGUUCAGUGUAAUGUUUUUGAAGGUGCAUCAGGGGCAGUUGCUUUAACUGCAGCAGGUGGCAUGAGGAAGCUAUCUGGAUUAGCUGAUAACUUUGAAAAUGUUGCCUUGAUUGGAGUUCACUGUGAGGGGAUUUUCUAUGAAUUUGUGCCCUGGACCGGGACUGUGAGCUGGGAGAUUGCUACAUGGGGUUACUGGCAUAUGUCUGCAGAAAAUGACAAACAUAUGGUUGAAUUAGAGGCCACUACAAGAGAACCUGGUACUCCCUUGCGGGCUCCAACAAUGGAAGCCGGGCUUGUAACAGCCUGCAAAGAUACUUGUUUGGGUGAUCUCAGGCUGCAAUUAUGGGAAAGAAGAUAUGAUGGCAGUAAGGGCAAGAUGAUUCUCGAUGUAACUAGCAACAUGGCAGCAUUAGAAGUAGGAGGUGGACCCUGGUUUUCGGAGUGGAAAGGCACAUCCUCCUCAUCAGAGCUUGUUAGCCGUGCUCUUCGAGUCCCUGUUGAUGUUGAAAGCUUAGUUCCUCUCCCAUUUUUAAGGCCUCCUGGUCUCUAGGGAUUUGGCAAUAUUCCUUGAAAUUUUACUUACAUCAGUCAUCAUUCAGAAAAUGCCUCCAGUGACAGUUUUGAGAAUUUUUCACACACAAAUUUUGCUGCCUCAUAUCCUUCUCUUUUCUGAAAAAAGAAAAAGGAAAAGAAGAAAAAAGAAGAAAAAAAGAGAAUUUGUUGUAUAGCAGUGGUAUGUUCAAACUUAAUUAUUCCAUUUUGAGCUCUUGAUUACA